CAGAGCGAGAAAUCAUCAAGACAAAGACAGUCCGCGAGAGCGUCCACCGCGCGCUCGACGCUUACCGAUCUAAUUCUCCCUUCGGACAUCGCCCGCAUACACGGUCUCCUGACAUCGAGGUCACAGAAUACUUGACGCGCGAAUCGCGCGCAGCUGCAGAGAGGCGUAUAGCAUCUCAUCCCGAGGCGUUCCGCUACAGUAAUCGCUCGCCCUCUCCGUCUCCGCCUCCAGUCCUUCGACGACGUGACAGAUCUAGGGCGAGGGGUAUACUGCGUUCGUUGAGUCAUACGCGCUAUGAGAGUCCUCCGCGCCAGAAGUCGUCGCGUAUGAGCAAGGAGAGCACGAUGGUGGAAGUAGGCGGACCUAGAGUUCAAUUCGCUUCACAACCGCCAUCGCGACCACGUUCCGUCACGGAGAGCAGUACCGAGUUCUGGCGAGGCCGAUCACGGGAGAGGUUGUAUGGAGGUGACGCACAUUUCAGCAGGGACGAGACGCCGUCUGGCACACGGCUCCAAGACUACAACUACUACCAACCACCCUCUUCUCGCAGCCCCGUCCCCCGUCCCACCCCUUUCAGCCCCCCACCAGCCGAUCCCGUCAACCGACUCGAACUCGAACUCGAGCGCACUCGCAUUUCAAAGGACGAAGGCUUCUUCCGCCCUACCCCGGGAUUCCGCUACAUCGUGCCUAUCCGCGAGCCGACACCACAGCCGCCUACUCCGCCUGCUCCGCCUGCUCCGCCUGCUCCGCCACCUACCAAGCCCCCGUGGGAGGACGGCACCGACUCUGGAACUAGUGAAAAUGGGACUGUGGAGUUCGUUGAUGUGAAGGAGGUUUGGGGACAUGACGAGGAUGGGCGGCCGGCUAGGUUUGUGGAGGAGACGAGAACGGUGAGGGUGCCGGAUAGGAAGGAUGCGAUGAGUGUGCAGCAGUAUAGAGAUGUGUAAAUGGGUGUGAGGGUGAGUGGUACGGGGAGACGGAGUGUAAUGGACUGCGAAUGCGGUUUGGGCUUUGGUUGUUGCGUGAAUCAAGGGAAGGGAGG